UAGGUUUGCUCUGCUCAGAAGUUGGCUCCCAUCCAUUCAAAUUAGUGCUUUGAUUAUGUUCAGAUGGCAACAUUUAUUGAAGUUAAUGCUGCUACUCAGAGGCAUUUUUUUUUUUUUUGCAGAAAUUAUAAAUUGUGAAACCUUGAAAUUCAUCUGGAAUAUUUCCAACACUGCAAGCCUUUGAUGUAUCAAUUUAAAUUAGUCGGGCAGAUUGCCGUGUUUAAUGUGGGGGAAUGUAAGUUGAUAGGCUUGGAAGCCACUUCUCUCUCUUGCAUAAGUUUAAAUGUAACACUUUAGCUUCCCUUUGAUUUGUCAAUUACAGUCCUCUUGGCUCGAUCGUGCGGUUUGAUGGCCAAAUUGCAUGUCUUUUUAUGUUUUCACACCAUGGCCUGACAAGCCUUUGAGGAUGCUGGACGUAAUGAUAAUUACCAUCGAUUGCACUUGGAGGGUUGGGGAAAAACUGGGCUCGCAGAGAUCCGCAGACCUCAGCCACACGACUCCGGAGGAAUGCACCCCUUCAUAGCGGGAUAAUCCCGACAGCUCGAUAUUCAGCUCGCUCUCGUUUAUCUGCUAAAGCUACUCGGAAUCUCUGCUACCUGAGAGGAAUCUCUCCCCGUUCCCGAGCUUAUCCAGGAAACCAGGAGCCGAGGCGCUAGUGAGCUGACAGCCAUCAGAGCAGAAAUAAAAAAAAAAAAAAGCCCUCACAGGUUUGAUCACAUGAUUACGUAACGUGUCUGGCUUCUGUUUUCCCUGGCGGCCCUUUAGAGAAAUGGCACACCUGUGAGAGGCUCCGGCGCCAAAACUGAACCCUCAGUGAACAGGAGAGUGGGCUCAUCGCCAUCUCCUGCCUUGUUCUGCACCCUCAGCUCCUUAUAAGGACCUCCACCAUAUGGUCAUUAUUGUGCAGUCUCUCCUUGAUCAGGUUGGUGGGUCCGGGUCCUGGAGCCGUCCUGGCUGGAGGCGUGUUUGCUAUGUCCAAGCUCAGCUGGCAGUGGUCUAUGGUGGCUGAGGUUUUUACCCUCAACAACCUUUUUGUCGGCCUUCUCUUCUUCUUGACUGUCAGCUUCCACUGUGCCGAAACCCCCAGGCAGAGAUGGAGGACUGCACAGUGGGGGGCACUUUGCUGUGGCUUGGGGCUCUGUAACCAGCACACCUUGGUGCUGUAUGUGUUGGUUACAAUUCCCUGGGUCAUUUACCGACUCCACUCUCUUAAGGAGCUGUCUUUGAACGGCCUUGUGUAUUUGGGGUUGUGUCUUCUUGCUGGCUUUUUGCCGUACAUCUACUUGCCAAUUUCGUCUCACCUCAACACGGCCCGCUGGAGCUGGGGGGACCAGACCACCAUGUCUGGUCUGCUGACCCACCUGCUCAGAACGGAGUACGGCACCUUCAGUCUGGCAAAGACGGAGAGUUCUGUGAACUUGACCACAUUGCUAAAGGCCCAGCUGGACCACUGCACAGCAGAUCUUUCCCCUCCUGUUGUGGCGCUGGCAGGGAUAGGCCUUCUCCUCUCAUCGUGGGACAGGACGUGUCGUCCCAUUUCGUGGCUCCUGGCGGCCAUGCUGCUGAUCUACUCCUUGUUUUUUUCAUGGAGAGCCAACCUAGACAUCAGCAGACCGUUACUGCUUGGAGUGGUUGAGCGUUUUUGGCUGCAGAGCGACGCUGCGGUGUGUGUGCUGGCGGGCAUCGGCUUGAGCCGGACUCACUCUGAGCUGCAGAGGAGGGUGGGAUACGAGAGGCUGUGGAGGACCGUAAGCUGGGUGUUCACUCUUACCUUGCUUGUGCAAAUGGUGCACAACAACCACGGAGAGUGUGAUCAGAGAAAUAACAUGGUGAUCGAGCGCUUCGGCAGAGAGCUUCUGGCUUCUGUACCAAAGGACUCGCUCAUCCUGACCAGAGGAGACCUGCCAGGAAACUCCAUGCGUUACUUACACUACUGUGAGGGCUUGAGGCCGGAUGUUCGCCUCGUUGACCAGGAGAUGAUGACAUAUCCGUGGUAUGUGGCCAAGCUGUCGGCGCACCUCCCUGGGGUCCACUUUCCUGGCCACUGGUGGGAUCCGGUCCAACACGAGGACAAAGACACCUUCAGUCUCGAGCAAUUUUUGUCCCACAACACAAAGAGGGAUGUGUUCGCCUGCAUCGGCCUGCCUGAUGGAGACUUGAGCUGGGAACAUAGUUUCGCUCGUUGGCCCUUUGGGGUUUGCGACCACUUGGUGCCCGUGCAGAGACCGUUCCACCCUGAACAGUGGGCUCAGCGCACUCAGAGCAUCUACAAAUGGACUGAACCUCACAACAGUUUCCAUCCUGCAUCUUGGGAGCGUGUCGCUAACGAGGAGAUGUGGCAAGCCAGGAUGAAAACAGCUUUCUUUCUGUUUGACCUGGCAGAAAGGAUGGAGGGUGAAGCCAGGGCUCGCCUCUUUGAGUUAUCGUACGCUCUGUACAGAGAGAUCGUGGACGCCCACUCAAACUACCCUCCAAACUGGGACAAGAACCUGGCACUGGCGUGCGAGAGGCUGCUCCGUUCAGGUCAGCGGGGCCACAGUCCAGACAGCCUGCUGACCUGCAGCGCCCAGCACUUUAGUCUCUACUUAGAGAAGGAGCCCACUGAUCCACAGGCGCCAGCCAUACGCUCAGCCAUCACUCACCUGCUCAAAGAGAAAGAGAGGCUCCGCCAAACCCGCACCAACACCCCAUGAGACGGUUGGGGAAAACCUGAAUGGAGCUGGAAUAUGAGCGGUUAGCAAUUCACUUUUUUUGUAUGGAUUCAGACUUUUAAAAAGAAACUUUUUUGGAAAGGGAAACUAAACUCAAACACUGUGCCAAACUUCUUUUGAUAAAAACUGACCACGCUUGACUCCAAGAAGUCCGCUGACCUCAAUCAAGCCCCGUCUGCUCCUCAUAAACUCAACCAUUCAAAUUCUUUAUCUUCAGAUCUCAUUCUUUUUUUUUUUCUUCUUUCCUUCUCGUCCUCUGCUCUCAGAGCUUUAAUGUGCUGAUUAUUUUGCCUUGGCCUCUGCUCUGCCUGUUUUUCUCACACAGGGAUGGAAAGACUGAGAUUGAGGGAAACCCAAUUCAGAGGCAGAAAUGGGGGAUUAGAGCCGCUGUUUAAUCUAGGACAGACUUGUGCUGUGCCAAGUAGUCCUCACUACACAUUACCAGUGCUGCACUCCCAUCCCUCUAUCCCUCCAUCAGCGGUCCGUUUAAAUGUUUAAAACUAAUGGACGCGAUAAGUGUUUUUUUUUUCCUCUCUUACUUCCUAACAGGAGGGCUGUAAUCCCUCACGGAUUUAAAUUAAAUGUAAAAUGUCACAAUGCCAGGGACCCUUUUAGAGGUGUUUUUGUCUGUGUGUUGUUUUGAUUUUUUUUUUUUUUUUUUUUUUGUGGACAAAUGCCUAAAUCUCCACCAAAGCUUUUUCCCUGCCACACUGGCGUUUGAUAACCAGAUUGGCACAAUAAGACAAACAGAUGCAAACUCCAGGGAUGCAUGUAGACGCAGAAAAAAAGGCUCAACUUUGAGGAAAAAGAGAGGUCAAUUAAAAGUCUACAGUUUUCUAAGGAUCUGACAUACUUGAUUUUUAGUUUUUAUUUUCGGAGUUACUUGCUGAGUUACAAGUUUUAAAAACAUGUCUUAAAACUAAGAAAUAAUAUUCUUGAAGUUUAAUAUGUAUUUCCUGUUGGCAGGAUGAGUUUUAUAAAACAAUUAAUGUUUACAUCAUUUAAGUUUCUAAUAAAUAUUUUUUUAGAAAGUU